GGUUUAUCACACACACUCAUUUUCAGCAGAGAGAGACUCGCCUGACUUCACUCCUGGAGCUGUUCAGCUGCCGUGUGAAGUCAUUAAAUCAUUACUCGCCGUUAAGGAAACUGUUGUUUUCUCUUCUUAUAUUAAUUAUUUUUUUCUUGAGGUGAAGGUUUGAAGUCCUGAAAGGCAGCCAUGAUCAGCCGUAACUUCAAGAACAUUUUGGUGGUCUCUGUCGGGUUUCUGUCUCUGUUCACGGCGUAUGGAGGCCUGCAGAGUUUACAGAGCAGUCUGAAUGCAGAGGAGGGGAUGGGCGUGGCGUCUCUGAGCGUCAUCUACGCCUCCAUCAUCAUCUCCUCCAUGUUCCUGCCUCCCAUCAUGAUCAAAAACCUGGGCUGUAAAUGGACCAUAGUUGCCGGCAUGGCCUGCUACGUCUCCUACUCCAUUGGAAACCUCUACCCAGGAUGGUACACCCUCAUCCCCACCUCGGUGAUCCUGGGUUUGGGCGGCUCCCCCCUGUGGUCGGCUAAAUGCACCUACCUGACCAUCUCCGGUAACGUGCAGGCCUCCAAAGAGGGCAAGAAGGGCUCUGACGUCAUCAACCAGUACUUCGGCAUCUUCUUCUUCAUCUUCCAGUCGUCGGCCGUGUGGGGGAACCUCAUGUCGUCGCUCAUCUUCGGACAGGACACCAACAUAGCUAACAUCCCAGAGGAGCAGCUGCAGAGCUGUGGAGCGGCUGACUGUGGCCUUAAUGUCAGUGUUAACGGCACUACCACCAGACCAGCACAGACACUGGUCUGGACACUCGUCGGAUGCUACAUUGGUGUGGGCGUGCUGGCCAUGCUCAUCGUCGCAAUCUUUCUGGACAACAUUGACCGGGAGCAGGCCAGUCAGUUCCGUGGAAACCCGGAGCCGUUCUGCCACACCUUCCUGGCUACGUUCAGGCUGCUGAAGGACUGGAGGCUGCUGACCCUCAUCCCUCUCACCAUGUACAGCGGCUUUGAACAGAGCUUCCUCUCCGGAGAGUACACCAAGAACUAUGUAACAUGUGCUUUGGGGAUCCACUACGUUGGGUUCGUGAUGAUGUGUUUUGGAGCCGCCAAUUCUGUUUGCUCAUUUCUGUUUGGGAGACUGGCUCGGUACACUGGGAGAGCUGUACUCUUCUUCCUGGCUGCAGUGACGAACUUUUCCUGCAUCAUUGCUCUCUUGUUCUGGAGGCCUCAUCCCGACCAGCUGCCCAUCUUUUUUGUGUUUCCUGCUCUGUGGGGGAUGGCGGACGCUAUCUGGCAAACUCAAACCAAUGCUCUUUACGGUGUCCUCUUCCCCCGGGACAAAGAGGCAGCGUUUGCCAACUACCGUAUGUGGGAGUCUCUCGGUUUUGUCAUCGCCUUCGCCUACAGCACCUUCAUAUGUCUGGAGUAUAAACUGUACAUCCUGCUGGCUGUUCUGGUGCUGACUUCUAUCACCUAUCCCAUAGUGGAGUACCAUGAACAUAAGAAUCCCACGCCACCUGUUGAAGAGGGGACCUACCUAAGUCACAAGGAAACCAUUCGAAGGGAUGACAGCAAGAUCAUUUGCCAGACCCAGAUGUAGAGACUGAAUUUCCAGUGGUUUUUAAUUCUAGUUUUUGUUUGUUUUUUGCAUCCUAAUCUAGCCACUAUGCUGCUAUUAGUGUCUGAUACUGGUGCCAAAUUGUUCAAAUUGCCAAAACGAAUAGACUCAAGAAUAUGUGAUGAGAAUGAUGGAGAGAUUUUGAAGGAUAACUCUGGGAUUUUUGGACUGGAACUGCUAAACAGCUUCAACAUUUUGGAUAGGAUUCCUACAGAGAUAGACCUGUUUUAUUAAAGAGUAAGAUCCUUUUUGUUUAACCAGAAACAUUGUUACAUACCAAUACCAAACUCCAUAACAAUAAUUUUACCUCGCAGGACUCAGGAGUUGCUGGAGUACUGCUGCCUCGAUCUGUUAGUCUGUUUGUAUUAUUUUGGGAUUUUAAGUGGUGAAAAAAGUAUUCAGGUAUUUUACUUAAGUAAAAGUACCACACACUAGCAAAAAAAAAAAAAAAAACCUAACUGAUUGAGGCAGCAGUAUUUCAAUAUGUCUAUCUCUGUAGGAAUCCUUCACACAAUGAUGUCAGACGCUCAUAACAAUCUGAACCUAUCAGUGGCAAAACAAGCACUUUUUGUGGACAUAUGUUUAGGUGGACAGAGGCACUGUUUGUUUACAAUGCAGCAGCUGCUUAAGCAGUUGUCGGUACACAGUUCUUGUUCAACAGAGGUCUGAUUGCAAAGGUAUCAUUAGCACCCAAAUACAAAAACACAAUAUAAAAUAAGGCUAAAAAAAAAAUCUGACACCAGUCCACUUGUGUUUAUCUUUACUGAUGACCGGUCAACACUACAAACCCUAACUUCAUCUUUUACUGGUACUGCCUUCACCAAACCAUCUUUACCUCUUGUGGCACAGUACCAUAAAUAGUAACGUCACAUUCCUGGACAAAAUAAUAAUGAAUACUCUGACUGGAUGAGUCUUUGUCCCUUUCUUAGGUGAAACGUUUUGGAUUAUAUCCCUUUUUCAGGAAGGGAAUAUGACAGUGUUGAAAUUCCAGUACACUGUUUUGAUUCAACAGAGGAUGAGCAGAAAAACAAAAAAAUAAAUAAAACAUCUGCAUUUUGCUGAGUAAACAUUGAGCUGGACAGUCUUAUCCACUUCCAAUUUGAUUUUAGAGUGAACCACAGCAGUAUUGUUUUACAUUUUCUUGAAUGUUACUUUACUGUAAAUGAUAGAUUUACCUGAAAUAAUGUUAUACUGAGUGGAAAACUGCACAAUAAAUGUAUUCAUAUCUUAAGCUUUGUGUCAAAGACAUAUACAGUAGAAUUCCCAUUAUCCAAUUUUGUCAAGUGUUUUUUGAGAGUCUUCUUCCGUUCUAGGCUGUUUGUACUGCAAGAAGAUAGAAAGUGGGGAACCUCAUAAUUAACUGCUUUGAAAGUCAGAAUACGUGCUACAAGAUUGUGCUGGCCAGAAAUGAACAAACUAAUCUUUACUAGAGCUGCAAAAUUCUGUGAAUUUUCAAAGUUUGAAACUGUUCAUGGGAAAUGAUUAAAGUUGUACUCACAAAUAAAUCAAAGUCAAAAAUGAAUAAAAACAUUUUUUAAUUUGUA